AUGAGUAACACACAAGCUGCAUCGCCUGACUCGGUCUCCGCUGACUCGCCCAACUCGGAGACCGAGUCAUGCACCACUACUACUUCUCUAUCACCACACCCUUCUCUCUCGACCGAGUCGUCCUCACCCGACUCGGACCGCAACCCACCAGAAAACGCCAGGAAACGGCCGAGAUCAGACAGCAGUCCACACCAAGUUUUUCGCGGUGUCCGAAUGCGCACGUGGGGGAAAUGGGUCUCCGAAAUCCGAGAACCCAGGAAGAAGAAUCGGAUCUGGCUCGGUACCUUCGCCACAGCCGAUGCGGCUGCGCGUGCCCACGACGCGGCGGCGUGUGCUAUCAAGGGCAGCUCCGCUGUGCUCAACUUCCCGGAGCUAGUCGGUUUUCUCCCCAAACCGGCCUCCAAUUCACCCCGGGACGUCCAAGCCGCCGCCAUUGCCGCCGCCGCCAUGGAAUUUCCCGUAAUCGCCGCCGCAGUAUCGGCCUCGCAUUCAUCUUCGUCGUCGACUUUGCCAUCAUCCUCUUCAUCGUCGUCGUUAUCGUCGGAGACCCACGAUGAAUCGGCGACAACAUCGGACGAGCUGAGCGAGAUAGUGGAGCUCCCGAGACUGGGGACGAGUUACGAGUCAGCCGAGUCCGGGGGCGAGUUCGUGCUGGUCGACCCGGUUGACGACUGGGUCGACACGAGUGCAAUUUGGGAGCAAAAUGAGGGGCAAUUUGGGUAUUUCUCCGAUGAUUUUAUUCACGAGAGUGUGAUCGCAAGUGGUUUUGGGGCUUUCUUGUGGUAAAAUUAAGUUUUGUUCCAAAUUUGUUUUGUAUAAAUGCAUUUAUAUUUACUUUCCAUAUUUUUUUUAAAAUUUAAUUUUUACUUUUUAUUAAUUAAAUCGUUUCCUAUAGUGUCCAUUCCAAGGACUAAA